UUUCCGCCCACAGAGCGAUCGGCAGUCACGUGGGACCCAGAGGGUGUGGCCACGGGAACUCUGAGCAAAGAUGGCAACAGUGAGGAGAGCUUUCCCGCGAAGGCUGGUGGGCUUGGCGUCCCUCCGGGCUGCUGGCACGUCAUCCAUGGGUGCCUUCCCGAAGCGGGUGAAGAUUGUGGAAGUCGGUCCCCGCGAUGGUCUGCAGAAUGAAAAGAACAUUGUACCCACCCCAGUGAAAAUCAAGCUGAUAGACAUGCUUUCCGAAGCAGGGCUCCCCGUUAUCGAAGCCACCAGCUUUGUCUCUCCAAAGUGGGUGCCCCAGAUGGCUGACCACUCUGAAGUCUUGAAGGGCAUUCAGAAGUUUCCUGGCGUCAACUAUCCAGUCCUGACUCCAAAUGUGAAAGGCUUCGAGGAAGCGGUAGCUGCAGGAGCCAAGGAAGUAAGCAUCUUUGGGGCGGCCUCUGAGCUCUUCACGCGGAAGAAUGUGAACUGCUCCAUAGAAGAGAGUUUCCAGCGCUUUGAUGGAGUCAUGAAGGCCGCACAGGCCUCCAGCAUCCCUGUGAGAGGGUAUGUCUCCUGUGCCCUCGGAUGCCCCUACGAGGGGAAGGUCUCCCCGGCUAAAGUAGCUGAGGUUGCCAAGAAGUUGUACUCAAUGGGCUGCUAUGAGAUCUCCCUUGGGGACACCAUUGGUGUGGGCACCCCGGGACUCAUGAAAGACAUGCUGACUGCUGUCCUGCGUGAGGUGCCUGUGGCCGCACUGGCUGUCCACUGCCAUGAUACCUAUGGUCAAGCCCUGGCCAACACCUUGGUAGCCCUGCAGAUGGGAGUGAGCGUUGUGGACUCCUCUGUGGCGGGACUCGGAGGCUGUCCCUAUGCACAAGGGGCCUCAGGGAAUUUGGCUACAGAGGACCUGGUCUACAUGCUGACUGGCUUAGGGAUUCACACGGGUGUGAACCUCCAGAAACUCCUCGAAGCUGGGGACUUCAUCUGUCAAGCCCUGAGCAGAAAAACCAGCUCCAAAGUGGCACAGGCCACCUGCAAACUCUGAGCCCUUGUUCACCUGAGGCGUGGGACUGGGGGAGGUGGGCAUGCUCAGAUGAUUCCUUGCUGGGGGAAAUGGAAUGCGGACAAAUGAGCAGGUAUCACAAAGGUUCUAGACAGAAAGGGCAGGAUCUGCCAGGCCUUGGGGCGACUGAGUGGUCUUGGAGCCUGGAAGUCCCCCUUCCCUGCGGGCCAGCUCCCCAGGGCUGAGUGCCUGAGCACUGGUUUGGGAUGGCCCUGGGUCUCCUGGGCGAAUCCGCUAGCAAACAGAGCUGAUGUCCACCCUGCCAUGACUGUGGGUCCUGUGUGUCUCUUCGGAAAACAGAACAGUUUCCCCCUAAAGCAGCAGAGCAUUUGCUGAAAUGGUGGGGGCUGAUCUGCUGUGCUGGCCAUCUGCCAAGCCCAGCAUCUCUGGGAAAUCUUCACUCUGUACAUGAUUUUUGAAAACAGCUUAUGUAAUUAAAGGUUUAAUUUUCUAAUAUCCAA